AACAGGUGUGAAAUACGAACAUUUCCUUUUCAUUUUGUAAUUUGUCAAACAGCUGAGUCUUUUGUCUUUCACCGCGUAAGCAACAGUCAUUCAGCAAAAUCGUCUGCUGGCUUCAUCUGUAGGAAAGAAAAAUCAAGAGAUCUUCUUGCAAAAUAUGGAAUUUUUCACCCGAAUCGUUUUCUGUGUCUCGAUGUUGCUUGCUAUGUGUGACGUAAUGACUGGUCACGAAGGUCGUCACAAGGGCCACAGCCACCAUCUGCCCCAGAAAGAUGGACCCAAAAAUGUCCUCAAAGACAAGAAAUACCUUCGAGAUUAUGACCACUUGAAAGAAGAUCUCGAAGAUAUGUACAUGAAGGAUUUCUCUGGCGACUUAAGUGAAGCGGAGUUGGAAAACUACUAUUUUCAACUUCAUGAUUUGAAUGGUGACAAACAAUUGGAUGGUUUGGAACUUCUCGCCGCCAUGAACCACGUGAUGGACAGAGAAAAUGAAUUCACACAGAAAGAUAUCGAAGAGAAUCCCCAUAUCCGGCAAUCUAUCCAAGCAUGGUGGAACGACAAAUUCCAAGAGGAUGCUCUGUACAUUGACGAAAUCCUUCAAGAAGAAGAUAUAGAUAAUGAUGGAUAUCUUUCCUAUAUUGAAUUCGCUCUUGGCCGAGCUAAAGAAAGGGGAGAGAUUUGAUUGACAUUUCAACUGUAACUUAUUCGAUUAAAAUUUGUUUUUAUUUAAA